GCCCAGAUCCCAUUGUGGGCUAAUUAAAUCCCCACCGUCACGACAACCGUCCCCCCCCCCCCCUGGGUUCACAACAAACCAGAGACCAGCAUCCUCCUAAAGCUCCUCAGCUCCUCCUCCUCAGCUCCUCCUUUGCUCCUCAUGCCCCUGGGGGCGGGGCUUAGGUGAUGGCGCUGCAGCGGCGCCUGGUGCUGGGCCUGGUGGCGGUGGGCUCCCUGCUGGCUGUCUACAUCCUAUGUGUGAACCUGGAGAAGCCUGGGUCCUGGUCCGUGGCGCCUCUGAGACAUUUCCAUGGUUUCAGCAGCAGCAGCAGCAGCAGCGGGUCAGGAGACUCUGAGGAUCCUAGGGAGCGAUGGACCCCCCCGCCCCCCAUCACCACCACCUCUCCCCCAGAGCUGGGGGGACCAGAGUCCAGGUCAGAGUCCAGGUCAGAGUCCAGGUCAGAGUCCAGGUCAGAGUCUGACGGUCUGGAUGGAACCAGGACACCCACUAGAGGCCCCACGGUGCAGCUGCAGCAGGAGCCCACACGGGCCCCUGGUCCCACAGAGCCCCCCUUCAUCGGAGACAAUUACCGGAGUGUAGAAGACCCUCCACAGACGGACUGCCAUAAUGGGAUCCGGACUCACGUCACAGAAACAGAGUUUGGUGGUCGCUUUCUGAAGCACAUCCCCGUGCUGCAGAGCGCCCGAGACGUUUCCCCCGAGCAGCACCGCCGCCUGAGCCGCUACCCCGGAACUCACGGCUGGGGAGCCCUCGACUAUGACACACUGCAGGACACUCUUUCCGUCCUCAACUCUUCUGCUAACUGGAGGAUGUUGGACGACUGGGAGCAGCGCAGCAGCGGGUCCGAGUGUUCCAGCUGCGCUGUGGUCGGAAACGGAGGAAUCCUGAAGGACUCGGGGAAAGGACCGGAGAUCGAUGGACACCACUACGUCUUCAGGACCAACGGGGCGAUCCUGAAGGGCUUUGAGCAGGACGUGGGCUCCAGGACGACCCACUACACCUUCUCCACCAACACGAUGAUGAACUCCAUGCGGAGCUACGGCGGCGCCGGCUACCGAGGCCCGCCGCAGUCUGAGGAGACUCGCUACGUGUUCCUGCCGGACCACGACAGAGACUACCUGCUGAUGAAGGCCGCCGCCACGCGAACCGUUGUGCAGAGCGGGAAGGAGCGCGGCAAAGAUCCAACCAAAUACUUUGGAGAGGACGUGUCGGCAGAGAAGCUGAAGAUGUAUCACCCCGACUUCAUCCGCUACAUCAGGAACAGGUUCCUUCGUUCUCACACUCUGAAUACCAAAUAUAAGAACAUUUACCGUCCGUCCACUGGAGCCGCGAUGCUGCUGGCAGCCCUGCACAGCUGUGACCAGGUGAGCGCAUACGGCUUCAUGACUCCGGACUACAAGAACUACUCGGACCACUACUACGACAACAAGUACCACCCCGUCGGCUUCUUCAUCAACCACGACCUGCGGAUGGAGAUGAAUCUGUGGCAACAGCUGCACAAGGCCGGACUCAUCAACCUCUACAUGCACCAGCGAACCGAAGACGAGACGGGUCAUGAGUCACAAAUCGGACCGGGUCAGGGCGAUCGACUCUGAACUGGAAAAACUAAAGUAGCAAAUUUUCUUUUCUGAAGGAAACUGGAUUAUUUUAAUGGAAGCUGCUGUGGAUGUUCAGCAGGAGGGUUUCUUUUAUUAUCUGACUUUUUGUUAUAAUUUAAACAUGUUUGUGCUGAUCUGUGGAUCAACUCCUGAUCCAUGUUAACUCCUGACUGCAGGGGGGUAAAAGUUUCUGUCCAUGUUCGAUGAUUCAGUGGCUCCUAUAGGACUCCAGCGGCUCCUCAAGGACUCCAGCGGCUCCUAUAGGACUCCAGCGGCUCCUAUAGGACCCUGGUGGCUCCUCAAGGACCCCAGCGGCUCCUCAAGGACUCCAGCGGCUCCUAUAGGACCCUGGUGGCUCCUCAAGGACCCCAGCAGCUCCUCAAGGACCCCAGCGGCUCCUCAAGGACUCCAGCGGCUCCUAUAGGACUCCAGCGGCUCCUCAAGGACUCCAGCGGCUCCUAUAGGACUCCAGCGGCUCCUCAAGGAACCUGGCGGCUCCUAUAGGACCCCGGCGCUCCCUGAGUCCUACAAUAAGUUUUGGAUGAAGCUAAACAGAAACAGAACCAGACACAGAGAAGCUGCUGAGAGUCAAACCAGCCGGUUGGUGUGAAACUUUAUUUUUUUAUCUCGCCUCAUCAGGCGUUUUUUUUUAAAUUUGUCCCAAACUUUAUAUCAACAACAAUAACAACAACAACAACAACAACAACAACAUUCCCAUCAGCCUGUCAAACUGUUCUGACACAAAACAUCUGACUUUUAAUUUGGAUUCAGAGAAAUCUGAAUUUCUGUCAACAAAAACCUAAAGUCAUCAUUUAGGUCAUUCUGCUCAUUUAGAGAGACUGUUUCUACAGUCAUGGGAAAAAUGAUUAGACCACAUCUCUAAUUUCUUGUUAAUUUUAAUGCUUGGUACAACUAAAGGUACAUUUUCCAUGGUUUUCUUGAUAAUAACCAAAAUCAUUAUCAAUAAAACCAUGGAAAAUGUCUAGAUAUCAGCUCUUAAAUUAAACUCUUAUACAAACAAAUGAACCUUUAGUUGUACCAGGUAUUAAAAAUAAACAAGAAAAAAAGAAAACGAUGGUCUAAUAAUUUUUUCCAUGACUGUAUGUGCAGGUGAGAUGAAAAACUUCACGUGUGUGUGCGUGUGUGUGUGUGUGUGUGUGUGUGUGUGUGAGUGAGUGAGAGAUAAAUGAGUGAUGGCAUCGUCUGUUUAUUUAAUUUUAUUUUCCCACGGUCUCUCUCUCUCCUGCUGUAAUCCUUUUAUUUAACAUGAACCUCAGAGGGAUCAACUGAGUCAUCACUCACAUUUAAACUGACAUCAGACUCUUUCAGCAGAAAUGAUCAUUUGUCAUCACUGCAGAGAAUCAAAUAAUUAAUUAUUAUUAUUUUUAGACCUGUAACAGCCUGUAAACAGGACAGAUUCUGAUCAUCUUCGUUAUUAUUAUUAUCAGAACAUGUUUACAAGCUUUAAUGUGCCUCCUCCUGUCUGUAACCUCUCUGUUCUGUCUCUGUGUCUCAGUGUUUCUUCAGCUUCUCUGCAGCGACACUUUAUAAAGUCCAGAAGGCGUUUAAAGAGCGUUUCUCUGAUUUGAACACUUUUGUACUUCCUCAGUAUUGCUGUAGCACCUUGAGUUCACUACAAAGUUCACCACCAACAGCAGUCUGAGAGUCUGUCUCUAAAUGUCUCUGUGAGGGACGCAGCUCGGUCGCAUGUUUGCUUAAAAUAUCUCGUCUCCGCCCAAGAGAGACGCUCAGAGCUCCACAGGCCGAGUUAUUCUGAUCUGAUCUAUUCAGGUCUGUCUGUCUGUCUGUCUGUCUGUCUGUCUGUCUGUCUCUAAGUGUCUGAAGCAGAAGGUUUUUAGUUUAAGGGACUUAUUUAUUGUUUAAUUUAACACUGUGUGCCUCUGUGCCUCUUUAAUGUGAAUCACUAGUUUUCUCUGCUUGGGACGAAACAUCAGAAACAUUUAAUCAAACUGUAACUGUAAUAACUGUUAAUGUGUCUGAGGAGAGAAACCAAAGACUAAUUGCCAAUCAGGGAACAUGUUUAACUUUAACUGUUUGUGUUUCAUAUCAGACGUUUCUGAAGUCUGGAUCAUAUUUUUACAACAAGGGAAGGAGAUCUUUGUAUCUUUGUAGCAGUUUCUAACUUUUUCUUCUUUUUUAAAAUCUUUAUAAAAGGAAACUGUGAUUUUUA